AUGAAGAAUAAGUUAACCAGGAAGCUUCGUCAUACGAACCCAAAAACAAUAAAUGAAGACAGUACCCUGAAGACAGACAGCGCAUUGAGUGCUGAAAUAGCCGCAUUGGCAUCCCCGUACAAGGACAUGGAAGAGGAUAUCAAAAUGAGAGUUGUAGUGGACCAGAUCCAGAUACAAACAAAGCUAUCACAGUCCACAAUCACAGUUGUUUCUCCAGAAAAAGAGAUUCAAAAGGAAGACAACGACGCAGCUCACGAGAAGGACGAAAACCAACUCAUAGACUCAGCAAGAAACUCAUUCUCUCUUGCUCUUAAAGAUUGUAAGGAUAGAAUGGCUAGGUCUGAAGCUUUGUUGAAGCUUCCUGAGAGGCUAGGACCCACUUCACUAGAUCUAAAUAUUGUCUCGUGUUCGUCCCCACGGUGGGGGACUGUGAAGAAAAGCUCUGUUGCAACACGGAAAUCGAGUGCCUUUCCUAGUCCGGCGACUCCCAGUUAUCAUCAUCACUCGAGUGCUGGCAUGCAGAAGGGUUGGAAUUCUGAACGUGUGCCAUUGCAUAACAAUGGUAUAAAAAGGCAGGGAAGUGCUGCUGGGGUGUUGUGUUCUAACAAAGGAAGAACUUUGCCUUCAAAGUGGGAAGAUGCUGAGAGAUGGAUUUUGAGUCCUGGUUCGGGGGAUAAUGGUGUGAGACAAUCCAUCGUGCCUCCCCAAAGAAGACCAAAAUCAAAGAGUGGUCCACUUGGUCCUCCGGGGAAUGCCGCUUACAAUUCUUCGUGCUUGCCUUCGAUGUACAUAUUUGAUGGAGGCAAUACAGGGAAUUUCUUGGCUGGCUCUCCUUUUUCAGCGGGUGUAAUUUCAGUGAAUGGUUUGGCAAAUCAUUCUCGUAGCCACUAUGGAGGGUUUGCUGUUCGGACAGAGCCUUGCAUGGCCCGUUCUGUCAGUGUGCAUGGAUGCUCUGAGGUAGUGAGUCCACCAUCGUUUCCUUCUCGAGAUGCGGAUGAAAAUCUUUACGCCGUCGAGGAUGCAGCCAUUGACACUUCUCCUACGGUUUCAAGAAAAGACAUGGCAACCCAAAUGAGCCCACAUGGUAGCACUUGCUCAUCACCCGGACGAUCGGCUUCUUUCACUCUCUCCACCCCUUCUGCCUUACCUAUCAUGGAACUGCAAGGCACUCAUUCCUCUAAAUCACAAGUGAGAGAUGUGCAGAUAGAUGAAAGAGUGACCAUGACUAGAUGUUCAAAGAAGCAUGGAGCUGGAAACACCGGAAUGAACUCAGCAAUUGUUGAUGACUGGAGGAAAAGAGCUGCUGACACGCGGACACCAACCUGGGAUGUGACGGAGACAGCAAGAAUCAAAAGAGAAGAAGCCAAAAUCACUGCAUGGGAGAAUCUGCAGAUGGCAAAAGCUGAGGCAGCCAUAAGGAAACUAGAGGUUGCUGUCUUCUACAAUACUUCUCCUUUUACAAUUGAAAUGAAGCUGGAAAAGAAGAGAUCAUCAUCAAUGAAUAAGAUAAUGAAUAAGCUGAGAUCAGCUCAUAAGAGAGCCCAAGAAAUGAGAAGUUCAGUGUUAUCCAACCAGAUCCAUGAAGUUACAAGGACCUCACAUAAGGCUACAUCGUUCUGUAGAACCCGACAGAUGGGUUCAUUUAGUGGCUGCUUCACCUGCCCUGCUUUCUAAUGCCUCGGCUUUCUCUACGGGUUCUUCAAGCAGGCUUGCAAUGCUAGGUAAACUUAUGCUCACGGUAAUGGUUUCUUUUUGCAAUUUUCUUUCAUUAAGUUGUCAAAUUAGAAACUGCUAGCAAAAGAGCAUUAACAUGACAAACAGUGAGGCACCCCUUGAUUAGCUAAUAAGUUCCGGUUCAAAUGCAAGUAGAUGCACUUGCUAAAUAUGUUAGCUAUUUUUCUCUCUAUUUUUAGUACACAAGAGACGCAGCAUUUAAGUAUUUAGUGGAUUUAGAAGAUGGAGAUUCCUGUUAACACUCGAAAGCUUAUUUAUACUGCUGUUGUCGUCCCCAAAUUGCCAUUUCCUAGAACUUCCAAGAUUUUCCUGCAUGUUUGACCAAGAAAACCCCAGUAUGUUUGUAUGUAUGUAGAUUAACAUUUGAAGUUUCUUUCCUACUAUGUCAGUUUGCCAUGGAAUGA